AUGGUGGCCACUGGCAUGAUCAAGGACGCCAAGGCACCUCUCAACUCGACUGGUCCAAGUGUGUGUCGCGGUUGCCAGCAAGGAAAGAUGGUCCAAAAACCAUUCCCAACCAACCGUGACAAACGCCAAUAUGGUUUGUUCGAGUUGCUGCACUUCGACAUCUGCGGGCCAAUGGAACAAGUCUCGAUCGGCGGCAGCAAAUACUUACUGCUUGUGGUUGACGAAGCCAGCGGUUGCAUGAAGGGCUUCUGUCUGCGGUCCAAGUCUGAGAGUGAAGACUGUAUCAAGAACCACAUCAUCAAGAUUCAAACUCAGUUCAGCACCAAGAUCAAGUUUGUUCGGCACGAUGGAGCGCAUGAGUUUGCGACCAACUCCAUCAAGACCUUCUACAAAAAUCAUGGUAUCGAACAACAGAUCACGGUGCCGUAUGCACACCAGACCAACGGCACCGCAGAACGCGCGAUAAGGACCAUCGUCACGAUCGGACGCAGCUUGUUGCAUCAUGCAAAACUGGAGAAGUGUUUCUGGGCUGAAGCGGCAAUGACGGCGAUCUACAUCAAGAACCGCCUGCCUUCACCCAAGAUCGACCACAAGACUCCGUUCGAGAUCGUGUACAAGUCGAAACCAAGUGUCAAGCAGAUGCGCGUGUUUGGAUGUCGGGCGUUUAUCCUGACACCAAGGUGA